AUGACAGCAAUAUGGUUAAGCGCAAACAUCGCUCCAAAUCCGGCGUCGGGCCUCCAAGGUUGUCAGCAAGUCCCGAAUUGCCACCAUCAAAUCAUCCUCCGCUCAACCCAAAGCCUCAAAUCCGCACGGUGGAUACUCGGAAUGGACCCGUCCCAAUUUUACUUUGGCCGCAGCCAUACUGACGGCAAUGGUUUUGGAAAUGUCGGUAACGCCAGUGUCAGCUUUCUCGAGGACCACAACAAGCAAGACUUGGUGGACAAGAACGCUCUCGAAAUGGCCGUCUUCCGCCGACUCCGAUUGGCGACCAACACUUCCGGUGCGGGAAUAAUGGAAGAGGACGCCGCUUGGCGUCUGGAAGAGAUUCUGACCUAG